AUGGCCCCACGCUACCUCCUGCGAGCUUUCAGCGAUGUGUCGAACGGUACAAACACCAGGCACGGCUUCGCGCCCGCCGGAAAUGCCAGCGAGCGUCAGUCUUCUUACAAGGGGUUGAAGUACAACAAGGACGUGGGAGCUCUCAAUCAACAGUUGAAGGUUGCGGAGUACGGCAAGGAGGCCCCUGAGAAUCCGUUCAUUUUCGCAACAGUCUCUCUGCUGUACGCACUCCAGCAUGCAUGGAAAAAGGGGCGCAAGUGCAAGCGCUGGGCAGCCGGAAAUAACAUUCAGAUCGUCGUUAUCGACACUGGAACCGCAAAGACAUCUGGUGGCGAGCCCGUCGCCUGGCAUCGGGUGCAAGACUUGAUGGCGGAGCUUGGCCUCAAAUUGACUGCCAAGUACUCCAACCAUGUCAUCGACUACUCCGACGUCUGGGUCACUACGGACGACAUUGUCCUUGGCGAAGGCUCAUACCAUGCAUCCUUUGACGAGCUAAAGCAAGCGAGACUCUUCGACUUGUGCCCCGAGCUGAGUGCCUGCUGGCAAGGUCUCGAGAAGCCGGUUAACGACCUCCGACGCCUCUGGUACGAACAGGACAAGAAGCCCGACUGGACCGGGUACGACGUGCGCGGCAAAGAGAUCAGCCUGGCUGCCAAGAUCGCCGAUGUCUUCAAACCCGUGCGAGACCCGAAGAGCGACUACGUUGACCCUCACCUCUUUGCCAUUCUGCUUGCCCUCAAGAACGAGAGCGCCAACAGUCCUCAUUUGCGUGCAUGGCUGGACCUCCACUCGAGUGCCAAUGACGAGGACGUCACGGACGUCACCGAAUCGGUCCAAGACACGGGAAUGCCAGAGGUGGACAAAGCCACGGCGCUCUUCGCACGGCUUCGUCAGCGUCGCGUUAUGGCUGCAGACGUUCUGCUCCUCGAAACCACCAUUCCGGAGGACCACAUGGCAUUGCAAAAGAAAGCCUACUUGAAAGACAGGCUGAAGCGGAAUGAGGAGAAGAACAAGGUCCAAACCGAAAAGCGAGCUGCAAAACGCAAGCUGGAACUGGAGGCGAGUAUGGAGGCCGCGAAGAAAGCGAGGCUCGAGACCCAAAAGAGCGGUGAAGGUGCCGGCAAAGAUGGCAACGCCGACGCUGAGAAUGGGGAAGCGGACGAGACCGCGACCACUGGUAUUGAGGCAGCUCAGGAGGGUGGGACGGAUGCACCAGCUGAUGCUAAGGCUGAUGCUGUUGGUGCCUAUGGUCAAGCCGGACAAAACUUGGCGAAUAGUUUCGAGCCUACUCAGGAAGACAGCACCAAGUCUCCUUCGGCGGGGACGGAUACUGACGGGCUCCAAAUUGGAUGA